AUGGCUGUAACCGCCACGCUCACUCCCGCUGAAGAACGAAAGAAGUCAUACGACAUCAAUGCGGACAGUAAAGAUCUCGAACGUACGGGAUCAGACGGUGACUCCGGCUCAGAUCUCGUAGCGUUCCAAAUUAAGGAGGAAGCGAACGCGGCCAUCAAGUAUCGGACAUGCUCGUGGCAGAAGACUGCUGCCCUCCUGUUCUCAGAAUAUAUUUGUCUCGCCAUCCUCUCUUUCCCUUACUCCUACGCCAUCCUCGGCCUCGUUCCGGGUCUUAUCCUCACAGUUGCCGUCGCCGCCAGUGUUCUAUAUACCUCGCUGGUCCUCUGGCAAUUCUGCCUGCGCAAUCCACAACUCCGCGAUGUUUGCGAUAUUGGACAGAAACUCUUCUGGGGCUCUGAGAUUGCAUGGUGGCUAACGGCAGCAGCGUUUAUCCUAAACAAUACUUUUAUCCAAGCUCUGCAUGUCCUAGUCGGGGCAAAAUAUUUGAAUACAAUCACCGACCACUCCGAAUGCACGAUUGUAUUCGCUGUUAUCACCACCCUAGUAUGCUUUGUAUUGAGCAUGCCUAGGACAUUUGCGAGCAUGAGCCACUUGGCCACUGGUAGCGCAUUCUUUACAUUCGUCGCCGUUCUAUUGUGCAUCAUCUUCGCCGCGAUUCAAGAUCACCCAAACAAAUACGUGGAGGGAGUAGAGCCGACCUGGGAUGCAUUUGCCAAACCAGGAACGACAUUCGUGGCAGCAAUGGGUGCUUUCUUGAACAUCAGCUAUACAUUCAUUGGACAAAUCGCCCUGCCGAGUUUCAUCGCAGAGAUGGAAAACCCUAAGGAUUUCCCCAAGGCUCUUUGGGCUAUUACCAUCGCAGAAAUAAUCGUCUUCAGUCUUGCCGGAUCCAUCGUUUACGUCUAUGUUGGAAAUGAAUACUACACCGCCCCAGCCUUUGGCAGUCUUUCUCCGACAUACAAGAAAGUUGCUUACUCGUUCGCCGUACCAACCAUCAUCUUUUUAGGUGUUCUAUACGCUUCAUUGUCCGCACGUUUCGUGUUUUUCAGAAUCUUCCACAACUCGAGACAUAAGAAUGAACACACAUGGGUCGGAUGGGGGACAUGGGCGGGUAUUUUGUUUGUAACAUGGGUCUUGGCUUUCAUUAUCGCGGAAGUUAUUCCAUUCUUUGGAGACUUGCUGGGGUUAAUGAGCAGUGUUUUUGAUAGUUUCUUCGGGUUCAUUUUCUGGGGCAUGGCCUGGAUCAACCUGCGACAACAAGAUUAUGGCGAAGGGUGGCUCAAAAAACUUACAUUUACCGAGAAACUUUCACUUGCGCUCAAUAUAUUUUUAAUUAUUGUGGGAAUAUUCUUCUUGACCGCGGGUACAUACUCCGUGGUCGAGAACAUUAUAACGGAUUUCAAGACAGAUUCUUUGUCUGGUGUUUUUACCUGCGCUUCCAACGGGCAGUAG